AUGGUGUCCGGACCAGGACUUGUCGCUUCAUGGCGACUAACCUUUGUUUUAGUUGCUUCUCUGCUGGCUGGUCUGGGGCGAACCAGUCCAUCGGUCAAUGUUGCCCUCCAAGCUUCGUUUGACGCCGCGCCCUACCUGAUCGAGCUAUUAGAAACUGCCGCCGAGGAGAAUUCCACCUCAUACUUCCCAUUGCUUGACCGUAUCGCCGAUGGAGCUUUCGAUGACGCCGUGACGGACAAAGAGCUCUACGAUCGCUUUCUCGAGAUCGUGCAUGAAGAUGGACACCUACGGACCCCCGAAAGCCUCUCAUCCUUCAAGGUUUCGUUGGCUAUUCGGUCCGCCAGUCCUCGGAUCACCGCCCAUUACCAAUUCUAUAAUGCCUCCGUUCAACAUUCGUUGAUGGCUGCGCAGGAUGCAGCCUGCCCGGUUUGGGUUCACCUGGAUGGGAAGCAAUAUUGCUCCUCCGCUAUGGAGCGGGCCCAGCAGGAUGUUAUGGGAUCAGAUGAACCCCGCGAACUUCCCUUCGAUCGUGUCUUCGGAGACUCCUCUCUCCCCCCCGCGAUUCUCUAUGCAGACGUUGCAUCUCCCAUGUUCAAGGAUUUCCACCAGUCAUUGAGUGCACUGGCCAAGGAAGGACAAAUCUCGUAUCGGGUGCGCUACCGGCAUCCUCAGCAUUGGAGGUCGCGUCCUCUCUUCGUCUCUGGAUAUGGUGUUGAACUUGCGUUGAAACGGACAGACUAUAUUGUUAUUGAUGAUCGGGCUGCUGAACAAAGAAGCCACGAUGACGUGGACUCCAAGACGUCCGAUGACGUGGAAAGAGAUGAUUUGGAUGACCUGAAACCUUUGUCUUCAAGGGAGGUUUCCAAGCUAGGAUUGAAUGCAGCCAGCUAUGUGCUGGAAAGUGAGGAUCCGUUCGAUACUCUCCUGAAGAUAUCCCAGGACUUCCCCAAGUAUUCAUCUAGGAUUGCGACGCAUGACAUUUCCUCUGAGCUUUUGCAGGAUAUUCAGGCCAGCAGACUGAUGCUUCACCCUGGGAUGAACACGUUGUGGAUCAACGGUAUUCAAAUUUAUCCCAAAGAAAUUGAUAUCUUCACUUUGUUGGAUCAAGUUCGUCGUGAGAGGAACCUGAUCGGCAAGUUCCGCAACCUCGGCCUCUCUGCCAAGGAGGCCGUGGAGCUUUUAUCUCACCAGAUCCUUGGGGAGGCUUUGGUGCAGGAUGGCCCUCCGCGCUACAACUACCGGGAUGAAAUUGAGGGAGGCGGUGUGAUUAUGUGGUUGAAUGACCUCGAAAAGGACGCGCGAUAUGAAUCGUGGCCUAGCGAAUUAGCAGGGUUCAUGCAACGCACACACCCCGGCCAGCUCCCAGCAGUGCGUCGUGAUGCAAACAACAUCGUGUUUCCUGUUGAUUUGUCUAGCGCUGAAGAUACCGAUAUGGUUAUCAAGACUAUCCAGGUCUUUGUGAAGAAUAAGAUCCCCGUGAGGUUUGGCUUGAUCCCGGUCACCUUCUCUGAUGGAGCAACUGCACAGUCCAAGGUUGCUCAUUAUCUCCAAGAUACAUUUGGUCUGGCGAGCUUCAUGAAGUACUUGGAGACGUCUGCCUCCAAGAACAAGCUCGGUUCCCCGGAUAAGGCCUCAUUCAAGGCUGCAACCGAGGGCCUAGACGUGCGUCCUGAUAAGCAGUCUCUGUCACUCGAGGAAGUUUUGAAGAACGAAGAAUUGGCUGUUUUGGCUGAAAGGACAUCUGCAUACACGAGCCGGCUGGGCAUGACAGAAGCGUCUCAUGCGUUUGUCAAUGGUGCCCCUGUGACUCGCGACGACAACUGGCCUCAGGAAAUGAGCACAAGAAUCAGCAGAGAUACCCAGCUGAUUCAAGAACUGAUCGCCGAUGGGGAACUGGAGGAAGAAACAUGGCUGCCUUCUCUCUUUCUUGACGAUGCCUCUGAUCGGCGUAACCCGGAACUUAUCCCAGAUAACCCCAAGGACAUCCGCGUCGUCGACUUGGUGAACGUUGCCGACUUGCGGGACUCGCAAGGUGAGCUUCUUGACCAGCUGCCUCGCCUCGCCUCAAAUGGCAAGGAUGCACUUGAUAGUACUCAUGUCAUCGUGAUCGGUGACUUCGAUGAUGAAUCCGGCCAUGAAUUGCUCACUGCGGCGCUUGGGAGUCAUACGGAGAAUAGCAAUGCCGAGAUUCUUUUUCUACAUAACCCCAAGUCUGAAGCAUCUUCCGGGAGCGCGUCUACUGCGAUCUACCGGUCUUUGAAGGAGAACAAGGGAGCAGAUGCCGCUCAAGUCCUGAAUGAUAUCGCCAACUCAGACUCUCCGUCACACAAAGAAGCCCAGAGCAUUGCUCACUUCUGGAAAGCCCAGCAAGCCCUAGUCACCGAAUUUGGGCUUUCUCCCGGAUCGAGAGCACUCAUAAUCAACGGAGGGGUUAUUGGACCUAUUGCAAAGAACACCGCUGUCUCAUCGUCCGACUUGGACCAGCUUCUGGUUCAUGAGAAGAGCAGGCGGGUCACCCCGGUAGCAAUGGCAACUGAAGAGCUCGGGCUCGGUAACAAGAUCUCUAGCCCGCUUGCGUUCGCUCAGCUUACGUCUCUCACUGCCCCGGAUGCACCUAAUGAUUUCGUCAAGGAGACCUCAGGCUUCCGGCUCCUCCUCUUCGACCGAUUGAACGACUCCCGUUCAACAAUUACUGUCUCCAAUUCGGAAGACCCCACGAUUACUAUUCUAGCCUCUAUUGACCCUGCCGCAGAGAAGGCUCAAAAAUGGCUACCAAUUCUGAAGGUUCUUUCCGAGCUAGACGGUGUCAGGUUGAGGCUAGUUAUGAACCCGCGGGAAGAGAUCAAGGAGCUCCCCACGAAACGCUUUUAUCGCUACGUUCUUGGCUCGGAACCAUCCUUCAAUGGUGAUGGAUCGGUCUCUCAGCCCACGGCCUCCUUCUCCGGCGUGCCAGUCGAGGCUCUCCUUACUCUGGGAAUGGAUGUUCCCUCUACGUGGCUUGUGGCGCCGAAGGACUCUAUCCAUGACCUUGACAAUAUCAAACUGAGCUCUGUUAAAGACGGGUCUGAUGUCGAUGCUAUAUAUGCUCUGGAACACAUCCUUAUAGAAGGCCACUCCCGAGACACGACCACGAAUUCCCCACCAAGGGGAGUGCAGCUUAUUCUUGGAACUGAAAACGACCCUCACUUCGCCGACACUAUCAUCAUGGCCAACCUCGGCUACUUUCAAUUCAAAGCCCAGCCUGGACUGUGGAACAUUAAUCUGAAGCCUGGUCGCAGCGAACGUAUUUUCAACAUCGACAGCGUUGGCGGGCAAGGCUAUUACCCCCAACCUGGGGAUGAAAACACCGAAGUCGCCCUUCUAUCCUUCACAGGCAAACCGCUCUACCCGCGCCUCUCCCGCAAGAAGGGUUACGAGACCGAAGAGGUGCUCGAGACCGGCCCCAAGCCCGGCUCGGCGAUGGACUACAUGUCCAAGGGCUUCAACUUUGCCUCGGACAUCCUGUCCAGUGUCGGAGUCGGCACUAAAGAUGGAAAGCAAGCCGACAUCAACAUCUUCUCCGUCGCCAGUGGACACCUGUACGAGCGCAUGCUAAACAUCAUGAUGGUUUCGGUGAUGCGUAACGCUCAGAACCACUCCGUCAAGUUCUGGUUCAUCGAGCAGUUCCUCUCGCCGUCUUUCAAGUCCUUCCUCCCCCACCUGGCCAAGGAAUACAAAUUCUCCUACGAAAUGGUCACUUACAAAUGGCCCCACUGGCUGCGCGAGCAGAAAGAGAAGCAGCGUGAAAUCUGGGGUUACAAGAUCCUCUUCCUGGACGUCCUCUUCCCUCUGGACCUGGACAAGGUCAUCUUCGUCGACGCUGACCAAAUUGUCCGCACCGACAUGUACGAUCUCGUCUCGCUUGAUCUGGAAGGCGCUCCUUACGGUUUUACUCCCAUGUGCGACUCUCGCCACGAAAUGGAGGGGUUCCGCUUCUGGAAGCAGGGCUACUGGAAGAACUUCCUGCGCGGCCAGCCUUACCAUAUUUCCGCCCUGUAUGUGGUCGAUCUGAACCGCUUCCGUGCCCUCGCGGCCGGUGAUCGUCUGCGCGGCCAGUACCAGAUGCUGUCGGCGGACCCGGAGAGUUUGAGCAACCUGGACCAGGAUCUGCCGAACCACAUGCAACAUUACAUCCCCAUCAAGAGCCUGCCCCAGGAAUGGCUGUGGUGUGAGACGUGGUGCUCGGAUGAGUCCCAGUCUCAGGCUCGGACGAUUGAUCUGUGCAACAACCCCAUGACAAAGGAGCCCAAGUUGGAUAGGGCCAGACGGCAGGUGCCUGAGUGGACAGAGUAUGAUGAUGAGAUUGCGGCUUUGUCGAAGAAGGUUGACUUGGAGCUGCAACAGCUGCGCGCGGAGCAAGAGAAGGAGCAGGUGCAGGAACUUGCUGAUCAGGAAGAUGAAGAAUCUUCGGGUUGGGAUAAGGAUGAGCUUUAACGGGCUCGCUGUGACAUAGAUCGAUUGUUUCACUUUCAAGUGUAGAGAAAAGCACGUAUAUUACGAUGUAUA